AUGGGGUUGCUCAAGCUACAUCUGGAACGCACUGUGUGCAGCCAGAACUGCGACCUGCCACUGGAUAUAACAACAGAGGUGGUAGUUGCCGACGAGACUACCAACAAAGAGGGUGGGAUGUACAAGUGCCAGAAAUGUGGCAAGAGCUUCGGCAGCAUCCUGGAGCGACUGAGGCACAGGCAGAGGCACGUGGUGAAGCGCCAGUACAGAUGCUACCAGUGUGAGAAGAUCUACAGCCGCGCCUCAGACCUUAAGAGGCACCAGAUGAAACACACAGGUGUGCGGCCGUUCGCCUGCAAGCAGCGGCCUUUCCCCUCCGGCAAGACUUUCACAGAGCUCCAGAUCCUCGAAGGACAGCUCACUCACAACGUUGGGCAGCCUUUCCGCUGCUUGGCCUGUGAAAAGACUUUCACCCAGCUGGCCAGCCUUACGUGCCACGAGAGUCCACACGGCGAGAGGCCAUUCGUCUGCGUGAUGUGUGAAAAGAGGUUCCUCACUAAGGGAGAACUAGCGAGACACCAGCAGCACCUCCACAGCCACACAGGCGAGCUUCCAUUUUCCUGCUCCCACUGUGGAAAGAGGUUCUCCAAGUCAAACUCGCUCCUACGCCAUAAUCUUACCUACACCGAGGAGCGACCUCACCAGUGCCUCCAGUGUGGCAAGGCCUUCAUCACCUCUGGUGAACUUCUCCUCCACAAGCGUAUCCACACAGGAGAAAGGCCUUACUUGUGCUCCGACUGUGACAAGAGGUUCAGAUGCUCCUCUGACUUUAACAUGCACAUCCGGACACACACCGGGCAGAAGACAUAUCGCUGCCUCCUCUGUAAAAAAAGCUUCUCCACAUCGUCAAAGCUAAAGAGACACUUGAGGACACAUGUGGAGAAGGCCGUGGUCUUUGAGCUCUUGGAUGUUUUUCAUCUCGAUUGA